CCGCCGCCGCCGCCGCCCGACACCGCGAUCAAAGCGGAGGCGGCCGGAGCCGACCAGAUCCUCCCCGAGGCCGACGCGCGCCUGGGCCAGGCCGGCUUCAUGCAGCGCCAGUUCGGGGCCAUGCUGCAACCCGGGGUCAACAAAUUCUCCCUGCGGAUGUUCGGCAGCCAGAAAGCGGUGGAGCGCGAGCAGGAGCGGGUCAAGUCGGCGGGGUUUUGGAUCAUCCACCCCUACAGCGACUUCAGAUUUUACUGGGACCUGACCAUGCUGCUGCUGAUGGUGGGAAACCUGAUCAUCAUCCCUGUGGGCAUCACCUUCUUCAAGGACGAGAACACCACGCCCUGGAUCGUCUUCAACGUGGUGUCUGACACCUUUUUCCUGGUCGACCUGGUCCUGAACUUCCGCACGGGGAUCGUCGUGGAGGACAACACUGAGAUCAUCCUCGACCCGCAGCGCAUCAAGAUGAAGUACCUCAAGAGCUGGUUUGUGGUGGACUUCGUCUCUUCCAUUCCCGUGGACUACAUCUUCCUCAUCGUGGAGACGCGCAUCGAUUCUGAGGUCUACAAGACCGCCAGGGCCCUGCGCAUCGUCCGCUUCACCAAGAUCCUCAGCCUCCUCCGCCUCCUGCGGCUCUCACGCCUGAUCCGAUACAUUCACCAGUGGGAGGAGAUCUUCCACAUGACCUACGACCUAGCCAGCGCCGUGGUGCGCAUCGUGAACCUCAUCGGCAUGAUGCUGCUGCUGUGCCACUGGGACGGCUGCCUGCAGUUCCUGGUGCCCAUGCUGCAGGACUUCCCGCACGACUGCUGGGUGUCCAUGAACGGCAUGGUGAACAACUCGUGGGGGAAGCAGUACUCCUACGCCCUCUUCAAGGCCAUGAGCCACAUGCUGUGCAUCGGCUACGGGCGGCAGGCGCCCGUGGGCAUGUCGGACGUGUGGCUCACCAUGCUCAGCAUGAUCGUGGGCGCCACCUGCUACGCCAUGUUCAUCGGCCACGCCACCGCCCUCAUCCAGUCCCUGGACUCCUCUCGGCGCCAGUACCAGGAGAAGUACAAGCAGGUGGAGCAGUACAUGUCUUUCCACAAGCUCCCUCCCGACACGCGGCAGCGGAUCCACGAUUACUACGAGCACCGCUACCAAGGCAAGAUGUUCGACGAGGAGAGCAUCCUGGGUGAGCUGAGCGAGCCGCUGCGCGAGGAGAUCAUCAACUUCAACUGCCGGAAGCUGGUGGCCUCCAUGCCGCUGUUCGCCAACGCGGACCCCAACUUCGUGACGUCCAUGCUGACCAAGCUGCGCUUUGAGGUCUUCCAGCCCGGGGACUACAUCAUCCGCGAAGGCACCAUCGGCAAGAAGAUGUACUUCAUCCAGCACGGCGUGGUCAGCGUGCUCACCAAGGGUAACAAGGAGACCAAGCUGGCUGACGGCUCCUAUUUUGGAGAGAUCUGCCUGCUGACCCGGGGCCGGCGCACGGCCAGCGUCAGGGCGGACACCUACUGCCGCCUGUACUCGCUGAGCGUGGACAACUUCAAUGAGGUGCUGGAGGAGUACCCCAUGAUGCGGCGGGCCUUCGAGACCGUGGCGCUGGACCGCCUGGACCGCAUCGGCAAGAAGAACUCCAUCCUCCUCCACAAAGUGCAGCACGACCUCAACUCGGGCGUGUUCAACUACCAGGAGAACGAGAUCAUCCAGCAGAUCGUGCAGCACGACCGCGAGAUGGCGCACUGCGCGCACCGCGCCCCCCCGCCUCCCCAGGUCCCCCAGCGCCGGGGGACCCCCCCCCUCACCCCGGGACGCCUCACCCAGGACCUCAAGCUCAUCUCAGCCUCGCAGCCCGCCCUCCCCCAAGACGGGGCGCAGACUCUCCGCAGAGCCUCCCCGCACUCCUCGGGGGAGUCGGUGGCCGCCUUCCCCCUCUUCCCCCGGGGGGCCGAGGGGGGCAGCGGGAGGCCCCAUGGUGCCAGCCCCGGCCAGCAUGUCACUCUGCCUCGGAAGACAUCCUCAGGUUCUCUGCCACCCCCUCUUUCUUUGUUCGGGGCAAGAGCUGGCUCUUCUGGGGGGCCCCCUCUGACUGCUGCACCCCAGAGGGAAGCUGGGACCAGGUCUGAGCCUGCGCGCUCCAAACUGCCGUCGAACCUAUGA